GCUUUCUCACCGCCAUUUGGUGGUAGGGUGCGAACUUUUGUUCCUUGGCGUUGCAGCUCACAUCCAUCCUUUCAUGCCGGCCCUAAUUCAUACACUAAAGCCUCGAGAGGAAAAGAGGUGGAAGCAAUAACCCAACGUUAUGGCAGAAGCAGCAGCGGUAUCAAUUGCCUCCUCCAUUCUGGAGAUUGUGAUCCAGAAGCUGGGCUCUGGCCUAUGGAAGGAGAUGGGAUUUGCGAGCAGCGUCAAGAAAGAUGUGGAGAACCUACAAAGCGUCUUAAUAACUAUUAAUGAUGUUCUUUAUGACGCUGAGAGCAGAUCCAUCAGCGACAAAGCUCUGCACGGCUGGCUAAGGAAGCUCAGAGACGCUGCUUUUGAUGCAGAUGAUGUGGUGGACGAGUUCCAAACUGAAGCACUAAGACAAAAGAUUGAGGAAAACAAUUGCAUCAUCCGAAAGGUGCGUGACUUUUUUUCCCUCAACAACCCAAUUAUAUUUCAUCAUAAGAUUGCUCGCAAAAUAGAAGAGAUCAGAGAGCGAUUGGACCAAAUUUCAGAAGAGAGAUUGAAGUUUCAUUUGAGCGAGAAAUCCAUCCCGGAUAGACCUUUAGAGCGAGAGACCUACUCAUUUGUGGUCGAAUCUGAAAUUUACGGCAGGGAUGAUGAUAAAGAGGAGGUCAUAAAUUUCUUGGUUCAUGUGGAUACCGAUAAGGAUGUCUCGGUUCUCCCAAUAGUUGGUUUGGGUGGAGUUGGGAAGACCACGCUUGCUCAGUUAGUCUAUAAUGAUAGAAGGAUAGGGGAACAUUUUGAACUUCGGAUGUGGGUUUGUAUUAGCGAGAAUUUUGACAUUCCAAGGAUAAUAAGAGCAAUUGUUGAACGAGUGACGGGAACAAAUUGCGAGCUGUCUGACAUAGAGAUGAUGCAGUCUCUUCUUCGAGAAAAACUAAGAGAGCGGAGAUUUCUACUUGUUCUCGAUGACGUGUGGAAUGAGGAGGAAGCUGAAUGGGAAAGACUAAAACCUUUGCUGAGGGGUGGCAAGAAGGGAAAUAAAAUCGUAGUAACCACCCGCAGUAAAAGAGUUGCUUGCAUAAUGGGUAGCUCUGCACCACUGAGAUUGCAAGGGUUAUCGAUUGCUGACUGCUGGACUUUGUUUAGGCAGAGGGCGUUUGGGUUGGGGAGAGGAGAAGAGACCCCAAGAUUGGCAGAAAUAGGGAAGGAGAUUGUCCAGAAGUGUGGAGGUUUGCCGUUAGCUGCAAAGGCUCUUGGAAGCCUAAUAAGCUCCAAGAGAGGGGAGGUGGAGUGGUUAGCUGUCAAAAAUAGUGAAAUCUGGAAAUUACCUGCGAAGGAGACUGGAAUAUUACCUGCCUUAAGAUUGAGUUAUGAUCAUUUGCCAUCUCAUUUGAAGCCAUGUUUUGCCUACUGUUCGUUGUUCCCAAAAGAUUUUAGAAUUGAUAGAGAGAGAUUGAUUCAGUUGUGGAUCGCAGAAGGGUUCAUUCAACCAUCAGAUAGUAAUAUGGAUUUGGAGAACAUUGGCAAUCAGUUUUUCAAUGAUUUGCUAUGGAGGUCUUUUUUUCAGGAUGCAGAAAGGGAUUCUGAUGGUAACGUGACCGUGUGCAAGAUGCAUGAUCUAGUCCAUGACCUUGCUUGCUGUGUCAUAGGUGAUGAGGCCGUCAUCAUGGAGGUCGACAAGGACACGAGCAUUUCCCAUCGAUGUCGCUAUUCAUCUGUUGAUUUUAAUAAGGACAAAUCCUCAGAAUGUUUACAGCUUGCCUACAAAACAAAGAAAUUGAGAUCACUCAUAUUUUUGCAUUUUCCUUCUGAAGAAGCAAAUGUCAAAAAUUUUGUCUUCUAUGUGGUGUCAAAUCUUACUUAUUUGCGUGUAUUGGACCUACAGAACACAUGCCUUGAAAAGUUAUCCAACAGAAUAGGAAGGUUAAAACAUCUGAGGUUCCUAGACCUAUCAAAUACAUUAAUUCAGGCAUUACCUAACUCAAUUGCUUCUCUCCACAACUUGCAAGUGUUGAACCUUAGCUAUUGUGGUAAUCUUUUUGAGUUGCCCAAAGACAUGAGAAAAAUGAAAAAUCUACGACAUCUAUGCAUCAUCGGAUGUCCUCGUUUGACUCAGAUGCCACCUAAAAUGAGGCAGCUGAGGAAUCUUCGAACGCUGUCAGUGUUUGUUGUGAGCGAGAGGGAUGGAAGCAGUAUCGUGGAACUGCAAGAUCUCAACCUGAUUGGUAGCUCUCUUGAAAUCAGAAAUCUUCAUAAAGUGAAGGAUCCGAAGGAAGCAAUGCAAGUAAAUUUGGAGGCAAAGACAAACCUGCAGUCGUUGACAUUGUCAUGGAACGGACAUUCGGAUUGGGCACCGACACCGUCUUCUACAAAAAUGGUGGAGGAUGUGUUUGAAAGGCUCCAACCUCAUCCUAAUUUAAAGGAGGUGACAAUAAGCGGCUACAUGGGCAUCAGAUUACCCACUUGGAUGGCAAGGGCAGAAGUAGUGUCAACUUUAUUUUCAAAUCUGGUCGAGCUCAGUUUGUGGGAUCUGAGGAGGUGUGAGCAUCUUCCACCACUCAGCCAAUUGCGCUCUCUGAAGCGUCUCGAUAUAGCUGGAAUGCAUGCUUUGAGGAAAAUAGAAGAGGAGGGUGGCACCAUGCCUGUUCCGUUAGAAGAGUUCAGAUUAUCAGACAUGCCUGAAUUGGAGGAGUGGCAUGUAAAUCCAACAACAGAAUUGUUCCCUCAUCUUAGAUUAUUGGACAUCCAUUUCUGCCCCAAACUAAUAGUGCAGCCAUGCAUCCCAUCCUCAGUGAAGAAUCUUAUGAUAUCAAGCAAUCACAUGCUGUUAUCGGCAGCAAGCAUUAGAGUGUUGUCCAAACUUGAACAAUUGUGCAUCUGUUGCUGUGGAGUAUCAUCAAAGUCUGGGUGGUGGGAUGGGCUGCAAUACCUCACUGCCCUUCAGUAUCUACAUAUUUUAGGGUGUGAUGAGCUGAAUUGUCUGCCGGAGGGUGUUAUGUACUUGUCCUCACUCCGAAAUCUUCAUUUGAAGAAUAACAGAAAUCUAAAGAGUCUAGAAUGGGGAAGAAGGGAGCCUCUGUUCACUGCCCUCUGCAGUCUGGUGAUAGAUGGUUCCCCUGCAUUGACUGCUUUGCCGGAGUGGGUAGGGGGCCUCACCUCGCUUCAGUUUUUAUCACUUAGGUGUUGUGACAACCUCGCAAUCCUGCCAGACCUCCCUGUGCUUCAGGAGCUGUGGAUUAAGAACUGCCCGCUUCUAGCAAGGCGAUGCGAGAGGUGGAGAGGUGAGGAGUGGCACAAGAUUGCUCACAUCCCAAAUAUCAGCAUAGGAGUAGAAAAGGAGGAAUAUAGAGAAGAAACCAGCAAAGAAUUUAGCUUCCCCACAAAAUUUGUUAGCCGGUUAACUUAAGGAUGCUGCAUUGAUCAUAGUUGAGGUUUCAGUAGCAGCUACAUUCCAUGGAAGUAAACUCUUUUGGACUGCAUGCUUUCAUUGAAUGGUCUUCAAUUGUAACCAUUGUGUUCUUGCUGAGUUCGGUGGUAUUUGGACUAGGGUUCAGCAUAUUGACAGAUUUUUGGCUGACACCUGAUUCUCACCAUCCCAUUGGAUCACUUGCACUUGACACAGACAGUGCCACAGCACAGGGUAUGGAAAAUGGCACGGCACAGUUUUUGUACUCCUCCAUGUUUGAGGACUCUGAAAAUGGCACGGACAGAAAGCCAUGCUACUUUUCCACCCAUUAUAAAUUCUGCAUUAAGCUGGAAUGCUAUCUAUUAUCCACUUUUCAAUCUCUUGUAUGUGGCUAUGUUGCCUUAUUGUAUGCUGAGGGAUUCUGUUUUCUGUCAUACUCUCAUGUAAAACCUGGCUUUUGAUUUUUCAAUAAAUUUGGAUGGCUCACUUGGCCUCUAUUAACCUUCAAAAAAAUAAAAUAAUUCUACAAUCAU